AGGCGAGCUAAAUGAAUUUUAGCAAUUUUUUCCUUGCUUUUUUGAUAAAAAAAAAGACGCACAUCGGGCAUAGAAAGAAGGGAGUAGAUGUGUUAACAAGAGCAGCGCCGGUCGUCAUCUAGUUUUGUCCGAGACACGCGCCGUCGAAAACGACGAAUUUUAAACUGUAUUACAUGUAUAUAUACAUGUAUAUUAUCAGGAACGGAGAUGCUCCUCCUCCGCUUCUCGUCUAGUUUUCCUCCGUCCUCGUCGUCGGCACUCGGCUGUUUUCUCUCUCGCUCGAGCUGCAGCGGCCUGCGUGCAGCACGACGGCAAAGUCGCAGCCCUCGAUUAUAGUGCAGUGCAUUGACAUAUACCUAUAUAUAUAUACACAUAUACGCACACUCACACACACACACACACAACAUAGAACGUCGCUGAUUAACCUGUAAUAAUCAUUUACAUCGCACAAGACGACAACUGACGGUUAACCCGCGAGCGAGCGGCUCGUCUGGUGACAAGUCUAGUAGCGAACUUCAUUUAUAGAUUCAUUUUAAGAAGUCUUGAGAGUAUCUAAUGCUCUCCCUGGUUGUAUUACAACUAGCAGUAAGAUGGCUGUACAGCUGGAUGGAGGAGGAAAGGACGACUUAAAAACACAAUUUGUCACACGCGAAGGGACAUACAAGCUUAUGACCCUGUCGGAGUAUUCGAGGCCAAAUAGGGUUGGAUAUACCAAUAGCCAGGGAAGCGCCUCCGUCAGGGUAUCUUUUGUAACGCUGCCCGAUCCUGUUGAUCCAUCUGGUAACCUGGGGCUUGGUGACCGGAUGUGUUUCAAUUUUGGCAAGGAACUAUUUGUUUAUGUCUACAAAGGUGUCAAAAAGGCUGUGGACUUGAACAAACCUGUAGAUAAAAAAUUGUACAAAGGAACCAAUCCUACAUGUCAUAACUUUAAUCAGCAUACAGCAACAGCAGAAAGUGCACCAUUAUUAAUUGGUUUUUCAACUGGUUUGAUACAGUUGAUAGAUCCUAUUAAAAAAGAGCUCAGUAAAUUAUAUAAUGAAGAGAGGUUGAUAGACAAAUCGAAAGUAACUUGUAUAAAAUGGGUACCUGGCUCAAGUAACCUGUUCCUAGUAUCAUACAGUUCAGGUCAGUUGUAUCUGUAUAAUGAAGAACUUAUGUGUGGUACUACUCCACCGCAUUAUCAACCUUUCAAAUCUGGGGAAGGCUAUGCUAUACACACAUGUAAAACUAAAUCCACAAGAAAUCCUCUGUACAGAUGGGUCAUUGGAGCAGAAGGUUGUUGUAUAAACGAGUUUGCCUUCAGUCCAGAUGGCUCUAAUUUGGCUGUCGUUUCACAAGAUGGUUUUCUCAGAGUUUUUCAAUAUGAUACCAUGGAAUUAGUGGGCUCAGCUAGAAGUUAUUUUGGAGGCUUUUUAUGUGUUUGUUGGUCACCGGAUGGAAGAUAUGUUGUCGUUGGUGGUGAAGACGAUCUUGUAACCAUUUGGAGUUUUCAUGAGAAAAGAGUUGUUGCCAGAGGUCAAGGUCAUCAUAGUUGGGUCAGUGUUGUUGCUUUUGAUCCUUAUACUACAUUUUAUGGAGAUCAUGAUGCAGACUUUAGUGGAUCAGAUGAUGAAAUAUCAGUGCCACAUGUAAACCAUAAUCAUAUUCACGAAAAGGCCAAAAGAUUGUCAACAACAUCUCAAAGUGGCCAUUCUAACAGAAAUUCUUGUAGUUCUGAGCUUAGAGUACCCGGUGGUACAUGCUACAGACUCGGCAGUGUAUCACAAGACACUCAGUUAUGUUUAUGGGAUAUCACUGAAGAUGUUCUCAGACAUCCAGUUUGUCAGAAACAAAGAUUAUCAAUUUCUGCAGCUAGUUCUGGAGCAUUUUCAUCAUCUGGAACAUUUAAUAGUGGAAAUGGUGCUAUGGCAAACCAUGUUGGCAAUAACAGCAAACAUGUAAAUUCUAAUAAUAUUAGUCUUAAAGAGACUACAAGCACUAACAACGAUAUCAGCAACAAUUCCAGCAAUGUUGCUGUAUCAACAGUGAACUCUCUUACUCAAAGGCUAGCUGGGCUUGGUUUUGGAGAUAAAAAAGGUGGUGACAACCAGAGGAGGAACUUUAGUUUGACUAUGAGAGGAAGUGGAGUUUCUACUAAUAAUACUUUGGUACAACAAAACAGUGUAACUGAUAAAAUUGUAGGAAGUACAAAUGGAAGUAAUAUAAACAGUGUCAGUGGAAGUUUAGGUACAAGCAAGAAAGUUAGUUCUGUGAUGGAUGAUCCCAUGAAACUCAUUGGGACUGCCAGAUGUCCUAGGUUUGAUGAGUGUCCUGUGCUAGAACCUUUAGUGUGUAAAAAACUGGCUCAUGAAAGACUGACUGAAUUAGUUUUUAGAGAAGAUUGCUUUGUAACAGCUUGUCAAGAUGGAUACGUGUAUACUUGGGCAAGACCUGGUCAUAUGGUAGGUCCUCUUACCAUAAAUACAACCCUACACAGACCACACACUGAUAGUAACUCUACACAGCAGAAUGAUCUCUGAUGCACUGACAUUUAUUGUUACCAAUAUUGAUUUUUUGCCAAUUUUUAUUAUUAAAUGUAGAUGAAAAAUAGUUCA